GUGGGUUCUAGUUGCAGAAGAUGGAUGUACUGGACUUGUUGUAGCUGCUGCUGUAGAAGUGUUCAUGAAUGGCUACAGGUUCAGAUCAAGUUCGUUUUAUGUUACCACCUGGAAGCAUCCUGAAUUUGGGGGCAGUAACCGAUACUUCCAAUCAUCUUGUUACAUCUACCAAACCAUGUUCACAAAACAUUCAAGAUGUUGAAAUGCUGGAUAUGACUGCAAGCAGUAGUGAUGAGGAAACAGUGGAUGGAAACGGCAAAGCAAAGCAUGAAAAACAGACAGAAGUGAAACGGAAUCGUCGUAUGUUUGAUAUCAGGGAUUCUAUCUGCAAAACUCCAAAGGGACGAGCAACUAUUCUUCGAAUGGAAGAAAACAGGAUGGCUUCUAAAGAAGAUAGGAAAGUCAUUGUUCCAGUCCUCGUCAGUUCUUUGAUGAAACACUUUGGUCCAAAUCCAUCUGCUCACAUCAAAAAUGAAAUGGCUCACCUAUUUGUGGAGGAAUUCCCUUUCUUAAAAGAUCCAAGUGGAGUUACUGGUCAUGAGGCCUGGUACAUCAAAGGAGAGAAACACAGACCUGCCAGUGGGUACUUUGAACUCCGUUUGCGAUAUGUCCGUUGGCAAAUGAAUAAGAGUGCAUCACCACAAAACAAUUGCAAGAAAAGGAUUGAACCAGCUCCAGUGAAGAAGCAGCAUCGGACUAGUGAGCAACACCACCCUGUCAAAAUGAUUUUAGAGGAAGAUGAGCAAGAGGCUAUAAAUUGGCUUCAUAAAUGA